UUGCCAUGUGACUCGCGAGAAAGAAUAUUAAUGAAGUUGGAAAAGAGAUUUGUUUGUGUGCUCAUUACAAAGAAUUUUUUGUGUUAUUUGCAUUGUGAAAUCUGGAGGUUGAGAGAGGAUACGAAACUUCUGGAAUUAUAAAGCUUAGAAGAGGAGCAAGAGUUCUAAGAUUUUUUGGGAGUGUAUGUAAUGCGCGAACAAAAGCCACACUGUAUUUAGUUGCAGUUCGAUAUUUGUUCAGAGAAGAUAAAUAGCACUUGAUUUAUUUUUAUAGUAAUUGACGCCAUGGCCUUAUUUUUUCAUUAUAAGAAAAAAGCAAGACGUCUCAUUAGAGCUGGUUUUCUGAUAGCCAUUGUCUUAGUUUUGAUUGAAAAUUUUCAAAAACAAUCAUACUUCAACGGAUACGUUACAAAUGUUUCUGUAGCUAAAAUAUCCUCAUUUGAAGAAACCCCAAAUUUUACAACAUCUGGCAAAAGUGGACGUUUCUUAAACCGACUUAAAAAGCAAAGUAAAAAAUGUGUUCAUUGUUCUUCAUCCUUUUCUUGGAAACGAAUUUCAAACACAAUCAGUGUUUUCUCAUCUUAUUACGAUAAGCGUUUUUUACAAACAGUCCGUUACGGAAAUUUCAAAAGAAGUGUGGUGGUCUUAGGCUACGAAAUGGGCAAACUCGACAAUGCAUUGUUCUGUGGUUUUAUAAUGAAUGGGAACCAAAGAGUCAUAGAAAAAAAACCUGCUUUUCGUGUCAUUUUAGCGGAGUUCUGGAAGUCUAAAGUUGACAGAUAUAGAGCAAUUAUGUAUAGAUGUAACACUGUUGUGGACAGACCACAAUAUGUCACUUUAAUGAUGUCACAGGACAUUUCUUCAUUUCUCACGAUUCCUAUCUCACAUUUCGUUCCCGUAGUUGAUCAGUCCUCAUCAAUCAAACACCAGUUUGCUGUUUGUUAUGAGACACCACUCUAUGGGGGUAAAUAUGACCAAGGAAUUAUGGAUUCCAUAGAACUUAACAAAGCACUAGGAGCUACAUGGUUUACUAUAUAUGUUUAUGAAGCCCAUAGUAUAGCAAUAAAUUUUUUAUAUUAUUACUCAAAGAAGAUUAAAAUUCUUGAUGCUGUAAUGAAUUGGGGUAACAAUAUCCCUAAUCCUGUUUACAACAGAGGUUUGCUAGUGGCCAUCCAUGAUUGCGUCUACCGCAACAUGUUUUGGACUAAGUAUUUGGUACUUUGUGACUUGGACGAAGUAAUAAUGCCCAAAAAUGGUCUGAAAUGGAAAGAACUGAUGCUCAAAGUAGAGGACAGCAAAAUCGCUCAUUUUACAUUUCAACACUUGGGUUUCCAUAGGAACGUAAACAAAAAAACUGAAUUUAUACAUUGUCCUGGUAAAACUAAAUUAAAGUACAAGGUUCCACGAUUUUUUGCAACUUAUAACAGAUCAAACAGUGUCCUCGGUGGUAAUCUUCGUGCAAAAUCAAUAGCAAAGCCCCUUUACACUGUUACUUGUCGCGUACAUAUUUGGCGAUGGAUGAUGAAAGGCUAUAGGUCAUACCAAGUACCCACUAAUAUGGCCGUAAUGAGGCAUUAUAGGGACAAGGAUAUUGAAAAUUUGAAAACUAACACCACAAGUUUAGAUUAUGGUAUGAAUGCACUCAAGUCUCAGGUGAUAAAAGCCAUAGAAAGACAAUUUUGCGAGAAUGUAAAACCCUUUUACACGUAAGAGGUAUAUUUUUCGGAAACUCGUAGGUGAAUCAUUUAAUAUUAUUGUCGAAGUAUUGCAAAGUGGUAAAUUUAAACGACUUGCUCUCUGUAAACAAGGCUUGAUCAAUAUAUUAAUAAUCUGAACUCACCAGUUUCUUUUCAUAACACCUUAUCAAUUUGCAAGAAGAAUAUUAAACAUCGAGCAUAAAAAGUUGUUGUUACUACGAAAGAGAUUCAUAUUUUUGGCUGGUUGGGUGGAUUUUUUUGCAAAUUUUAUCUAAAGCUAAAAUAUUUCAAAAAUUAAAGAUAUUAAUAACUUUA